UCUUUUUUCUUCCAACUUGACUAUCCACACUCUCUACUCUACACACAUUAUCACACAAAAUAAUGGCUACUGUCAUGGUUGACCGUAUAUUAACACCGCCUCUAGAAGAAGGAAUUCAGCAUGAAUUUAUUGACUAUUCCAAAAAAGCAAAAAGACAUGGACAUCAUCAAGACGUUAAAGAUGAAAAUGAUAUUCGACAAGUGGCCGGUUGUUUGCCUUUAGAUUUACCCAAUCGUCGUGUGCUUCUCAUUACAAGCAGAAAGAAGAAGAAUGCGUGGGUUCUUCCCAAAGGUGGAUGGGAACAAGAUGAAACGCAACAGCAUGCUGCCCAGAGAGAAACUUGGGAAGAAGCCGGUGUCAAAGGCAGAAUUACUCGACAAUUAGGCGUGUUUGAAGAACGUACAAAAGGCAAGAACAAGUUAAAGGCGCACCAUUGGAUCUUUGAGAUGCAUAUCGAUGAAGUCGUCAAAAAAUGGCCCGAAAGAAAGAAGCGAGACAGAAGAUGGUUCACAUUCCAAGAGGCCUUGAUUGCGACGAGAAAGCACAGAUACAUUCAAGAAGCGUUGAUGCAUUCUAGUCUGAAUCCCGAUCAUAUGCCUAUUUCACCGAGAUAUUCAUUUGAACAAGAUCCUAGUGACGAUGCAUCUGAAGUACCGCUCAAUAGUAAAUUAUCAGAAGCAGCAUCUGAUAAUUCACUUGUUCAAGCAAUGAAGUCUAUCUUCAUCUAACAAAGCCCUUGAUCUCUCUCUCGUCUCUCUUUACUUUAACAACUUAAUUUACCCUCCUUAUUUAUUUACAAGUUAUUAUCAUUAUACACCCGCACUUUUUUGGUUUGGUUUUUUUUUUUUUUUUU